AAAAGACUUGUCGACGCAAGUGGCGUGGCUGGCUUGUCAAGAGAAAUGCGAUACAAAUGGGGGAAGAUGAAGAAGAAGAAGAAGAACCAAGCAACCACACGUGCACUUGUAAUUCAAGAAAGGGAAAAAAGGAAAUGGGCAGUGUGGAACAUGGCUUUCUCUUUCGCUUGCAUGUUGUUACUUCUUUGCCCGGUGCGUGUGUGGAAGUAGCAACAUUUUUCAACAGUCCCAAGUUGUGUUUUUUUUCCUUUGCUCUCUUUACUAUCUUUUUUCUCUUUGCCCUCUUUCUCUUCCGCUCUCCUCACACCCCCCCUCCCAUCCUUCUUCCUCUCUCUCUCUCUCUCAAGUCGCAGGCUGACAGUGUUGACUACGCUUCCAACAGCAUUGAUUCCGCUGUAACCGCUUCGAACGUGUCUUUUGCAUAAGCCAUGUUUCCGUCUGCUCCUACAAAACAGUAUGAUAACAGCAACGACGAUCCCGACUCUAAGCAACAACAACAGCAGCAGCAGCAGCUGGCCAGUAGUGGAGAGCAACAACUGCUACCACCACCACCCCAGCAGCAGCUACAACAACAA